GACCAUUACUACAAUUUACUCUAUAGAUAAAUAUCCAGACCAAGAUUGAGGUGAGCUUGCUUUUUGAAAGAGCAGUGGUCUCGUUCUAAUCCCACAUCUCAAACUUCAGUCCAUAUUUACUUCCACCCACAAAUUCACAAACAAGUUUUAGUUUUGGAGGUCAAAACUCAAAACUCCAAAAGAAGGAAGAUCGGAAGAUAAACAUGCCUUGCCUUUACAUCUCCACAAACGUCACCCUUGACGGAGUCGACACUGGUUCCAUCUUUUCCGAAGCCACCAAAGCCAUCUCUGACAUUACCGGAAAGCCCGAAGACUUUGUGAUGGUCUUACUUAAGGGAUCGGUGCCCAUAUCGUUUGGCAAGAGUACUACUAUACCGGCGGCAUAUGGGGAGUUAGUAGCAAUGGGCGGCAUUACCACGGCAGUGAAGAGGCUGCUGAUCGCCACUCUCGGCACGAUUUUUGAGUCCAAGCUUUCGAUCCCGAAAACUCGAUUUUUCCUUAAAGUUGUUGAUGUAAGCACUGCUACAGGAUCUAAACUGUAAAUGAAAAUUUCUAAUGUUGUUCUCCAACAAAAUAAAGGAGAGGCUAAUCUGAUCGAUCUGUUGUUUUUAUGCACGGUGUGAACUUGUGGUGCAUAAACUCGACAGAUGAAUCAUGAAUUUAUGUACAAUUCCAAUUAUUUUCUUGUGAAAGGAAUAAAGGAUAGUGAAGUUUGGACACAGAAA